AUGGGCUGCACUACCAGAAUCAACGCCCGACAGGAGGCCAUCGAAGUCCUCGUGCGAUACGCCGAUGGCCUCGACCGCGGCGACGCCGCCCAGUUCGAAUCCUGCUUCGCCGAAGAUGCCAUCCUUGACCUCAGCCCGUUUUCCGUCCUCGGCAUGACCUACCAGCCGAUUCAUGGCCGCGCCGCCAUCACCGCCGAAUGUAUGAAGGCGGUUGGCACGACUCUAGAGACAACGCACUCCCUGACAAACUUUCUGGUCACGCUCAAUGAGACAAACGACAGCGCCAGUGUCAGCUGCUUGUCGGAAGCUCAGCACGUCAAAAAGGGACACGAAUUCGAUACCGAGUCUCAGGACACCGCCCUCAUCGUCAAGUGCCGAUAUGAAGCAACUAUUGCGCAAGAGGGUGAUUCGCACAGAGGCAGCAUGAGCAUUUUUGGGAAAUAG